GCAGCGCGGCCGCGCCCCCCCGCGUGCCCACACCGCGGCCCGGCAUGCCUCCACGCCCGGCGGUUUUGUGCAUAAGGAGUCACUUCGACUUCAGUCCGGCUCUGUGCGAGAACAGAGGCGUCUACUCGGAUGCUGUCCUCACUUCAGCAGCAAGGCACGUCUACCUCCUGCUUCAGUAGCCACAAUUGCUGCCCCGCCCCGCCCCCACGAUGGGUAGACAAAAAAAAAGAAGUGGAAUGUAAAGUUUUGGGGAGCGUCCUCUGAUGGGACUUUACUGCUGUUCUGACUCGCCCAAGAUGUACAUAGACAAAUAAUGGAAGCCCCUGAAUACCUUGAUUUGGAUGAAAUCGAUUUUAGUGAUGACAUCUCUUACUCUAUAACAUCUCUCAAGACCAUCCCAGAAUUAUGUAGAAGGUGUGAUCCCCAAAAUGAAGACAAACCAGUUUCCAGCACCAGCUGGAGCUGUGGUGUUUCAACUCUUAUUGGAAAUGCACAAAAACCGGGAGGAAUUACAGAUAUGUGCAAUAAGUUCAGACCAGUGAAGAGGGUUUCCCCACUGAAGCACCAGCCAGAUUGCUCUGAAAACAAUGAAAGUGAUGACCAAAAGAACCAGAAGGGAGAGUAUCAGAAAGGUAGUGAUUCUCACUCUGCACCUCAGAACGAUGAUCAGUGCCCAGGAGAUGGAGAGAACCUUAAAAGUAAAAGCAUUGAGGCCGGCGUUUUGCUUGGGGAGCUGGAGCACUAUGACCUGGAUAUGGAUGAAAUUUUGGAUGUGCCUUACAUUAAAUCAAAUCAGCAACUCACUGCUUUUACUAAGGUGGCACCAGAGAAAAAGAUUUUGGGUGUAUAUUCAACACUGAAUGGCCUUAGUGGCAAAACCAGCUCUGCAGGGAACACUGAAAACUUGCCAGCCAGCACAACACAGUUUUGUGUUCUGUCCCCUGUGAAAAACUCUCAGCUGAGAAAAAUGCAGCCCAUUGUCCUUGAUCAGCACAAGCAUUUGAAUGAAGAACUAGAGCUUUCCCAGCCUCUAGUUAAAUGUAGUUCAGUCCACGAACCUGAAUCCCAAAGCAAGGGCUUCCUCAGCAGAACGUUUGCUGAUCCCCAGGCUCAUAAAACUGAGAAGACCAUGCCAAACUGCCAGCUGAGGACUUUUCAUCUGCAGACGGCAGUGACAGAAAACAAACUUGAUGAACUGAACAGUAAUAUAAACUGGAACAGUGUAGGAGGCCCAGAAGAAAGGAGUGAAGAUGUGAAAAAAAUUAAAAGUAUCCUAAAUAUUGUGAAAGAAGGGCAAAUAUCAUUAUUGCCACACCUGGCAGCAGACAAUCUGGACAAAAUUCAUGAUGAAAAUAACAACAAUCUGUUGCACAUAGCAGCAUCACAGGGACAUGCUGAAUGUUUGCAGCAUCUCACUUCUUUGAUGGGAGAAGACUGUUUGAAUGAACGGAACAGUGAACAACUAACUCCAGCUGGAUUAGCAAUAAAGAACGGUCAGUUGGAGUGUGUACGGUGGAUGGUGAGUGAAACGGAAGCUAUUGCCGAAUUGAGUUGCUCUAAAGAUCACCCAAGCCUUAUUCAUUAUGCAGGUUGUUAUGGUCAGGAGAAAAUCCUGCUUUGGCUUCUUCAGUUUAUGCAAGAGCAAGGAAUAUCCCUGGAUGAAGCUGACCAGGAUGGUAACACUGCCGUUCAUGUAGCAGCCCAACAUGGUUACCUAGGGUGUAUACAGACAUUGGUUGAAUAUGGAGCAAACGUCACUAUGCAAAACCAUGCUGGAGAAAAACCUUCACAAAGUGCUGAGCGACAUGGGCACACCAUGUGUUCCCGUUACUUGGUCGUUGUGGAGACAUGCAUGUCAUUGGCAUCUCAGGUUGUGAAGCUAACUAAACAACUGAAGGAGCAAACAGUAGAACAUGUGACAUUACAGAAUCAACUCCAGCAGCUUUUAGAGGCCCAGAGAACAGAGAGCGUAUCACUACCAACAUCCCCAAGUUCACCAUCAUCUCCUGCUUCUGGCAAACCCCAGUGGAAACCGUGUGACUCAGAUGACUUGUCUGUAUCGAAAAGUAAAUUGAACACCCAAGAUGGGAUUCAGAUUCUUGGCAGCGUGGGAACUGCCAACCGCACUCGGUCCAAGAUGAAAGAUGAGGAUUCAGAUAAAAUCCUGCGCCAGUUGUUGGGGAAGGAAAUCUCUGAGAAUGUCUGUAUGCAGGAAAAGCUGUCAUUGGAAUUUCAGGGUGCUCAUGCUUCCUCCAAGAACAUAAAGAAAAUUUUGCCAGAGAAAAGGGAGUUGAAGUUAGCCAGACUGAGGCAGCUUAUGCAGAGAUCCCUGAGUGAGUCUGAUACAGACUCAAAUAAUUCUGAGGACCAGAAGAACAUUCCUAUGAAAAGAACUGACAAACCAAGGCCGCAACCCAUUGUGGAAAGUGUUGAAAGCACAGAGAGUUUGCACCUGAUGAUUAAGAAACACACUACAGCAGCAGGGCGCCGGUUUCCCUUUGGCAUUAGAGCUUCCAAGUCUGUGGAUGGCCAUAGUCCGUCCCCUACUUCAGAAAGCAGCGAUCCAGAUAAUGAGUCUCAGUAUCAGUCUGGUACCGUAUCUCAGAGCCAGGUUUCUGGAGAUACCUCUCAGUCCAACUCUGACAGUGCUACUGUUCAGAAGGUUGCUACAAGUCCUAAAAGUGCCCUCAAGUCCCCUUCUUCAAAGCGCAGAACCUCCCAAAAUUUAAAACUGAGAGUAACCUUUGAGGAGCCUGUGGCACAGGUGGAGCAAACAGAGAUUGAACUGAAUGAGGAAAAGGAUAAAGACCGGGGCAAAUCAGUCCAAAGAGCUCCACUCAGCACAGAAGCUGGGGACCAGUUGAAAAGGCCAUUUGGAACAUUUAGAUCCAUAAUGGAGACUCUGAGUGGCAACCAAAACAACAACAACAACUGUCAAACAGCAAAUCUGAUCAAAACCUCAUCAACAUUGCCAUUUACCUCAUUAGGAAGGAAGGCUGCAGAAAGCAAAGGGAAUCCGACCACUCCUAUUAAAGGAAAAAAUAAGACAGGGCAUUAUUCCAGUUACACCAAUCUUUCUUCUAGCACAUUGAUUGAAGAACGCCUGUAUAACUAUGCUUGGCAUAACAACAUCAACAGGAAAAGGCAGAAAUCUUACAACCAAAAAAGAAUUGAAGAGCCAGAGUUACAGGAGUUCUUUCUUUAAAUUACAUCUCAUGGUGUCUCACUAUCUCCCUUCAAGCGUGAUUUGAAAUGCCUGAACUAUAUCCUUUUAAAACACUAAUACGAGACACAACCCUCACCAGCAAAACAACAGACUGUUAGGAUGCCUUAAUUUGUAGCAGCAAAACCAUAUACAAGCCCUUUUUUAUGAUAUUGUGUUAUGAUAUUGAACUUGUUUGCAACGUCCAGUGUUUAAAGGCAUGAGUGAGUAAAGUAAUGGUUUGGAAAUUGUAAUAACACAGGCAACCUCUAGAACGUUGAUCUGGCCCCUGAGCACAUUUUUGUACUUCAUCUAUUGCAUGGAUAAACUGUAAUAUGACUAUAUUUCCCUUUCUUCAUGACAUACUGUAAAAAUUUCAGUCAGGACUCUGCCUGCUCGGCUCCUGGAUGAGACCAAGGCAGUAGCGUUGUUUUUUGGGUUUUUUUGGUCAAGUAUGUUUUGUCUGUUGUUUCUAUUUUUUGUAUAAAGGAAAUAAAAACAGUGUUCACAGCAAUAUACCAUGUGUAUGUGCCCAGGCACUUCUGAGAUGUGCUCUUGUCAGCUUCCAACUUCCCACUUUUACAGUGUUCAAACACCUAGACUUAACGCAAUUCGGAAAAGUCAAAUUAUGUCCAAAAUCGGUAUAAAAAUUUUAAUGGAUUUUUCUUGUUUUCAAAAGAAAAUACAGAGAGAUUAGAAGUGUGGAAAUAAAUGUGAGAAUUAACAUGUAUCAUUCUUUAUUAUUUGCCAGGUACUAGUAAUGGGCUCUAUGCUGUACAUUAGACAUAGACAUAGUCUCUAAGCAUUAGACAUAGUCUCUGGCCUGAAGCCCCUGCACUCUGUUAGGCUCUGUUUCAAAUAUUUUCAAAAUCAAGUAUCUUCCUUUAAAUUCAACAUGAGCUAGCUCAGACUUUGAAAGCCAGCACAAGUAACAAGUAACCCUGAGCAAUUCAUAGAAGCACAGGUCAGGGCUAUAUUGUUAAUGUCAUCUCUAUUUUUGCUUUUUAAAUAGUGUUGAGUUGAAGAAGGCUAUUAGCAGCUUUUUACGGGUUAGUAUUUUAGAGUUUCAUGGAAGAAGUCAGUCUUUAAGUCUUCGUUGAGUUCACUUGUAGGUUUCUUAUACGUUAUCCAAACAUCACAUUAGGCACUCCUUAAAGUAUGCAGUCCUAAAGGAGACUGGCGAACAAUGGUUAAAUUAAUCAUUUUUCUCUCCUUUACAUCAUUUCUUAUCAGCUAUGCCACCUUGGCUUGGUGGAAAGAUUUUAAUACCUGACAUUGGGUUUCCACAGAGUUUAAAAAAAAAAUACAAGAAGCAUUACUUGAUAGCAAACUUUCCAGUAACAUUAUUUCCCCCAAAAAGAUUAGCUGCAACAUUGGGAUUAUACAAGUUAAUUUUGUAGUUAUUAUAUGAUGGGUGAUAUAAAGUGAGAGGCCAAGGUAUAGUUUGAUGGAGUAAAAUGCAGUCACUUUGGGUCACUUUUCAUCAUUAUGUUGUGUUUAAUGUUGCAACUGUCUUUGACUUGCAGGGAGAUGUGUUGUUCAAUGCCCUGCGCUUGCUUGCAGGCUUUAUACAACAAUGCCUUCAAGUAACAUACCAAUGAUGAGAAAUACCAAUGAUGAGAGAUUAGAAAAAUAACAAAUGGAAAUAGAGAAGCAAAUACUGUUAGAAAUGAAAUUCUGAAUUUCUGUCAACGUCCUCAGUCCUUAUCUUUCCUUUGGCAAUGCUUUAAUUUUCAAAUACAAGUAAUAAGCUGUGCACUCCAGCUGACCUGAGCUGUGGCUUUUAGAAAAACAGCACAACUUCCAAAAUAUCUGACAGCUAGGAAUAGUGAUACCUCAAAUGGGGCCUCCAGUGCUCCAUGUGUGCAUGAGAAAUGGAAAUCAAAGUGUGAAGAAGUACAUGUGUUCCAGUCACUGGAGUGUUGAAAGGUGACUUCAGAAUAAGAGGUGAGGAUCCUGUCUCUAAUGUAUGAAUUUCUUGAGGUAAAUUGAAGAUUUGUGUUUUUAAGAAUAUGAGCUGUAUGGACAACAGUCUUAUGGACAUCACAGAGUAUACAAACAUAACUUGGUUUAUGAAGGACAGGCAGACAGUUAAUUCAGAUGAAAUCAAACUUGCAGCAUGUUAAAAAUGUUCUCCCCUCAACAAUGGCUCCUCCAUAACUGCACGCUUAAAGAUGACAGGUCUGACAUUCUAGAGGAAGACUCGCCUAAGAAUGUGACGGACCGAGAUUUGAAAGACAGCUUGAUUCCUUUGGGGCGCUGAAUCAGCAAGGAGAUUAACAUGUGUGCAGCUCUCUUGACUGAUUUGAUGUGUGCAAGCACUCUGUAGCUGUCUAUAAUAUCUUUGCCACAGCAGGGGACAAGGUACGCCUUGAUGAAAAGAUUUGCAACAACCUAAGGUGUAAAUAUUGUCAAGUACUGGAAGAAAGGAAUUGCCUCUUCUGGACAUGAGGGUUUAUGAGGACACCUGCUGUUGGUUAGCUUCCAAUGUCAAAUGAGUGUAAUUGUGUUCCAUAUCAAAUUACCCAAGCACUGAUAGAAUGGGAUACCAAAAAAUACCAAAAAUUUAUUGUAAAAGAUUCCAUGGAUAGUUCUGGCUAGGAAUAAUGCCAAAAGUUCCUAGAUAACAGGAGAAUAAAAGAGUAUGAAAGUGCUGGAUGUUAUAACUGACAUCCAUAUGCACAUUUGGUACACAUUACCUGGGUUUCUGAAUACAUCCAUUUACUCGGCAUCAGCCCAGUUUUCACCUGCAGAAAGUUAUGGGUGGCAAACUAAUCCAACAGAGAAGUUUGACUGCCAUCAACAUAAAAAAUGAGCUCCUGGCUUUCUACAUCACACACGAGCUCUACAAUUCUCAAGUCAUCUUUGUCUUCCUGCCUGGCAGCCAAGUUGGAAAAGGAGGGAACAGUCACCUUACCUUAUUAUUAUCUUGUAUCAACUAUAGAACCAAAGGAGAAGGUAAAUGAUUAUUUGGAUAUCAUUUUCUCCUCACUGGCUGCUUCAUCCCUUGCAAAUCAUAAAGGUGGAUUUUGUGGGUGCAGAAUGCAUAAAUGGCCUUCUUUGCUGCUGAGGCAUGAGGUGAAGAUUGCUCUCACGAGCCAGGAACUUCAGUGACUGUUAUUUGCUUCAAUGGAGCUAUUCUGGCUCAUGACCUAUAUAAGUCUGGGAGUGAUUGCUAAUGAACCAUUGUGUUCCUGUCCUGAUGAGGCUAUCACAAAGCAUUCAUUGAACUUAAAGCAUAUUUCAAUUUCAGACAUACUGAAGAAUUUCAAAAAUAAGUAACAUCUAUCUAGGCAUCUUAAAGGUUUUAUAUUGCAGUCCAUUAUCAUAGUAUCUGUACUACAUUCACUUAAUCCAGUAGCAAAAGUAAAGUCUAUAGCAGCUAUAAUGUAGUCUUUGGCUCUUCUCUGUUCUUUUUUUAGAUUUAAAAAAAAUCCUGUCAGGUUGUUUCAGUUUAAAUUGAGUUUUGUUUGUUCAUUGCAGAAGUUUUGGGGUUUUGUUUGUUUUGAUCCUGGUGUUUGACUACACUGAGUGUCAUCGAUGUGAGUAUGGCUCUUUAUUCUAUUGGGAGAGUACUGGGCGAUGUGUUAUCUUAUGUUAGUACAGCUGUGUUGUCAUUACAUAGUUCAUUCAUUUUUAAAUUUUGCAUUAAAGGAAAAAAUGUUCGUGCAGUAGGUUAUUAAUAAAUGAAAUACACUAGGUCCAGCACAAUCAGUUUGUGAGGAUCUUGAAGAAAGAUGACAAGAUGGAGAGGCAAGGGAAACAGUAGUUUAUGUUUAACAUUUGUUCUACUCAAGCUGUCACUCAGAAUCUUCCCUGUAAUGUUAAUCUGACAUAAGAUCAAUGGCAAACAAAGUAUGAGUGGCAGCAUAACAAUAAAAAUAUUCCAUCAUCCAUACAUUUGUAACACUGAUAACUGGCAUGGAAAUGUGUUUGUUGAAAGGUGCUUUGC